CGCGCUGCCGGGUACGGGAGCCGGGCCGGGCCAUGGCCCUGUACAGCGCCGCCGCCUCUGUCCUGGCCGGGCUGCAGCGCCGGGACGGCGCCCUCAAGACCCUGGUGUACAAGAGCCGCUUCCAGAACGUGAAGCAGCUCUAUGCCCUGGUGUCAGAGACCCUGCGCUACUCACCUGUGCUGGACUCCAUCAUGGACGGGGCUGCCCUGCUGAAGGCUGAGAAGAAGCUGCCCCCAUACCUGGCCAAGGUGCUGGUGUAUGACCUGCUCUUUGGCAAGGGUCUGAAGUGCGGGGGCCGCUGGAAGGUGCUGGUGCUGAAGCACCGGGCCCGGCUGCAGGCGGAGCUGGCCCGUCUCAAGGUGCACAGGAAGGUGAGCUGCAAUGAGGAUCUGCUGGCGCCCGCAGAGGGGGUGAUCCAAGUCCCUCAAGUGCCACGAUACGUCCGAGUGAAUACCCUGAAAACUUGCAAGGAUGAUGUGGUCGACUACUUCAAACGCCAGGGCUACUCCUACCUGGGCAGGGCAGCCAGAAUGGAGGAGCUGAGCUCCCUCUCGGGGAAGCAAUUCCUCCUGGAUCCCCACCUGCCAGAGCUGCUUGUCUUCCCGCCGCAGACAGACUUCCAUGAGAACCGGCUGUACGUCGCAGGGCAUAUCAUACUGCAAGACAAGGCCAGCUGCCUUCCUGCCUUCCUUCUGAGUCCCCCCUCAGGGUCCCAUGUAAUCGAUGCCUGCGCUGCCCCCGGGAACAAGACCAGCCAUGUGGCCGCCAUCCUGAAGAACAAGGGGCAGAUCUUCGCCUUUGAUCUGGACCCCAACCGCUUGGCCACCAUGAGCACCAUGCUGGUGCGGGCUGGGGCUAGCUGCUGCGAACUGGCCAAUCAGGACUUCCUGACAGUUGACCCGAGUGACCCAAAGUACAGCCAUGUGACCUACAUCCUCCUGGACCCAUCGUGCAGUGGCUCAGGAAUGGUGAAGCGGCUGCCAGCUGAGGAGGAUGCCCCCAGCUCGGAGCGGCUGCGGGCGCUGGCUAGGUUCCAGCGCAAGGCCCUGACCCAUGCUCUGCGCUUCCCUGCCCUCCAGCGCCUGGCUUACUCCACAUGCUCGGUACAGCAGGAGGAGAAUGAGGACGUGGUGUGGGAUGUGCUCCAGGAGCACGGCACAGCGUUCAGGUUGGUAAACCUACUGCCUUCCUGGCCCCAGCGAGGCCUCGCCACCUUCCCAGGUGCAGAGUGCUGCCUCCGAGCCUGCCCCGCAACAACGCUGACAAAUGGCUUCUUCGUUGCUGUGCUGGAGAGACAGCAGGAAUGCAACAGCCAGGACUCCUCCAGCUCCCUUCCAGCUGAGGCUGACGUGGACAGUGGAGCAGAGAGAUCCCAGAAUGGAGAGGGAAGGGGCCCUCACGCUGCUCGCAAGAAGAGGCGGAAGAAGAGCCAGUGUGUGAAAUAAGGACUCUUGACAGGAGCUGUGGUGGCCUAUCCUAUUGCCAGAGCUCGGAGCCCUGAGGCUGGAGGCCCUUGGUGCAUUGGGCCUGUGCUGCUGGCAAGCUUUCCUUCCAGAUGGUGCUGUAGAAGGGAGACAUCUAACCCGCUGCCAGCCCAGCUGCUGGGCGGGCUCUGGUCCGGCAGUGCACCCAGCCUGGGUCAGUGUGGAAGUAAAGCUUUCCAACCUCUUCU